AGACUGCAGAACCAGAGGAGUGGUCAGCAGGUGUACAAGAACAUGAUGGAUUGCCUUGUUAAGACUGUUCGAUCUGAGGGCUAUUUUGGGAUGUAUAGAGGUAAGACUUCAAGUUUCAGUGAGCUGUGAUAAGAAUAAUAUCCUAGUCUUUUGGCAUCCCUUAUGUUUGGGGAGAUUUACCUUCCUUGAUUUUUAUUUGUGAGUCUGGAGAUGUCUGAUUAGGCUAAACUGGGUAGGCAGCACUGGAAUCAUAUUCAAAGCCCUUCUAAGAGCCAGCACAUUUCUUCUUAGUUUACUCAUUUUUUUUCUUUAUUUCCUGUUUUAAAAGCCUGUAACACAGGGCAGCUGAACAGCUCAAACAAUAGGCUGUGUAAAUGCAAAGUACCCUUCCCUUCAAGAUAAUUUGCUUGGUAAAUUUUAAGAAAAACCUGUUGUAGUCCUGUGUGUUAACCUUAGUAUGACAGUGGCAUUUGUCUUUUGAAAAUGUCACUUUUCUUGAUGCAUGACAAAGGAGCAGAUUUCAGAUGUUUCUGACAGAAAUCUUUCAUUAUUUAUGUUGGCACUUUGGCCUGUUAGGGUUCUGUUAUGUUAGAAAUUGCACCUUAGGGCAGGCAUUUGUGCCUGGGGAAGCAAAACAAAAAGCCUUACGGUUCAAACCUAGUAACUUGCUUGUGCAGUUUAAUUGUAAUGAUCUUCAGUCUUUCUGUAUAUCCCCAAGCUGUUUCCCAUGGAAAUCUGCAUUACAGGCAUUAUCAUAAUUCAGAAUUUAUGCUAAGCAUUUUUUCAGCACGACAAUUGUAGUGAUGCAACGCAUUCAGUAUGUGACAAUGAGUGAAGCCUGUUUUUGAUUGAACUACUAGGGUCUUUCUGAUCAUUGUACCUUCUAUGAGUAGGCUACAGCACUAUUUUAUGUUCACAGUGGAACCAGUGUUAUUGGUAUCCGCUUCGUUGAGGAAUGCUGUUUGUUUGCAUCUGUGUUUUUCAUAUUGCAGACACGGGUCCCCGUGGAUUUUGAGGGCUAGCCGAUAUGGCGCAGCCACGCUGGAGGCAAAUCAUUAAUGGUUCAUACAAUACCUCUCAAUUGUGCUGCAGUUAAUCUGACCUUGGUUACACCUGAGAAGGCAAUUAAACUUGCUGCCAAUGAUUUCUUCCGUCAUCUGCUAAGCAAAGAUGGGAAAGGUCUCACUGUAUUCAAGGAGAUGUUGGCUGGGUGUGGUGCAGGGACCUGCCAAGUUAUUAUUACUACACCAAUGGAAAUGCUGAAGAUCCAACUUCAAGAUGCUGGAAGACUGGCUGCUCAACAAAGAAAGAAAACGGUGGUACCCUCCACAAAGCUGGGAGCAACAAACACAUUACUGAGCCGCUCCUACAAUGUUGGUCCAGCCCCGCUGGUAAGGAAGGUAUCAGCCACCCAGAUAGCACAGGAGCUGCUACGAACCCAGGGUAUCCAGGGCCUAUAUAAAGGACUGGGGGCCACCUUAAUGAGAGAUGUUCCCUUCUCCGUCGUUUACUUCCCGCUGUUUGCACACAUUAACCGACUGGGUCAGCCGUCUCCGGAAGAGAAUGCUCCUUUCUACCAUUCUUUCCUUGCUGGCUGUAUUGCUGGCUCCACAGCUGCUGUUGCAGUUAACCCAUGUGAUGUGGUUAAGACUCGGUUACAGUCUCUGAACAAAGGAGCAAAUGAAGAGAGUUACAAUGGAGUCAUUGACUGUGUUAGUAAAAUUUUGCGAAAAGAAGGACCCUCUGCAUUCCUGAAGGGCGCAGGCUGCAGGGCGCUGGUGAUCGCUCCUCUGUUUGGCAUUGCACAAGUGAUGUACUUCGUGGGAGUUGGAGAGUUCAUUCUUGGUUACACACCAUUCAACUUGUACUCAUCUUAAAUGCUUUUUUUCAAGAUUCAACUCUGUCACACCUUCAAAAAGGAGCCUACACAAAUAUUAAACCAAAAGACAAUGUCAGAUCUGGAUCUGUCUAAAUAUUCGCAUUUGCAUUAAAAUGUGGGUUUAGAAGGUUAAAAUGCUGUUGGACCCAAGUGUUGAACUGUGUUACCCUCUUAUAAAGGUUUUUAAAAUGUCUGACAUCUAGGGAGGAUGACUUGGGUUUCUGGCUUAUAACAAGCUAUUUUGUACCCUUUCAGUAGAGAUCAGUUGAAUGGGUAAUAAUAUUAGCAGUACCUUCUUGGUACCAGUGUUGUAAUUUUCCCUCUAUGAGGGAGGGAAACUUUUCUCUAUAAAUGCAGUCUUGCACCAUGACCAGCAGAUGUGUCUUUCGAAGUCUGGAUCUAUGGCAGAGUAUUACUUCGGCACUUGAAACUGCUGUAACUCUGUUCAAAGGGUGGUGCAGAUUGCACUGGAUGAAGUAUUUAAAAAUGCCUCCAUUUCUAAAUUUUUCUAAAUCUGUUUUUAUACACUAACUGUCAGUUGAAACACAAUCAUUUCUUUCACAAAAAUGGUUUUAUAACAUUAUAGAUGUUUGGAGAGAUGGAAACUAGAGAUUUGGAUAUUCUUGUAAGCCUCCAUUCUGCUUGAGGUUGGAACAUUUGCAAACAAGUGAAUUCCUGUGUAAUUAGUAAUCCAUUUAUUUAGGAGAAUAGUUUGUGGUUACAGAACAUUUUUGUAGCCUUUUUAUUCCUGGGAUCAGUAUUUUAAUGGAUGACUUGAAGAAUAACCCAGUUUUAAGUUAUAAAAUUUAGUUUUAUAAAGAUCGAUAAUUCUUUAGAAUUAUUUUGCCAUAUUGCUUGUCCUUGAAAUCCUUUUUCAUGGAUUAGAAGUGGAUAAGGGUCAUUUCUCUAAUCCAUUUUUAGUGUUCAGAUUUAUUCAUGUUGCUGGGCAUUUUCAUAUCAGCCCUGUACAUUGGAACUGACCACAGGAUCAACUGGGAACAUGAUUUUUGUUGGUGCCGCAUCUGAUUGUUUUGUUGGGGGCGGGGGGGGAGUCCUUUUUUUUUUUCUAUGGCAGUUACAUGAAAGUUAUAGAUGUAAAAUACAUUCUGGUUAAAACUGAAUUGGAUGGUUUUAUUGGUCUGAGGGUUGUGCACAUUGAGUGUAAGACUGGCUUACAUUUUCAUUGUUUAAAAAAAUGUAAGUGUGGUUUUUAAGUUGCCGCUUAAAUAGCAAUAACAAAAGUGCAGUUUCUUUUUAAUCUGAUUUCCUAGCUAAAUUAGUUUGUGGACCUGUUGUACUGAAACUGAAGUUUCAGUAAUUUAAAACACUGAAGAUCAUUGUCAUUUUCAGCCAAAAAAUGGUGCUCCUUUGGACAAGUGUAAAACUGAACCAGGUAUUUGUAAGAGUGGAUCUAUAAAUUAUAUAUUUCCAUACUUGGAACUUAACUUGUCAUAUAUUCAGCUUUUAUGUUUGUAUAAUCUCUUUUCUGCUUAACAAUAAACUUUACGCAUACUUUUGUAUA